AUGGGCAGUAGUCUCAGCUCAUUCCAGCAGCGAAAAUCCCAGCAAGAAGGCAGUAUCCUCUUCAUCGACGAGGCCCACACACUGAUCGGGGCCGGGGCCACCGGUUCGAGCCCUCAGAACGCGGCUGACAUUCUGAAGCCUGCGCUGGCGCGCGGCCAGCUGCAGUGCAUCGCCGCUACGACGAUGGAGGAGUAUUUCCAGUACUUCUCGCGGGACGCUGCCCUGGAAAGGAGGUUUGAAGUGGUGGAGGUGGAGGAGCCCACAGCCGAAGAGACGGUGGUGGUGUUGGAGGGCCUCCGCCAUCACUACGAGCGCUACCACGGAGUUCAGUUCCGUGAUGAUGCCUUAUCCUCUGCCGCAUCCUGGUCUGAGAGGUAUCUGCCUGAGCGCAAGCUGCCAGACAAGGCCAUUGACGUGAUGGACCGCAGUGCCGUCCUGGCCAAGGGCAGGGGAGAAGGUGAUGAUAGCAAGGUGUCGGUGACUGUGGCGGACGUCGCCGCCGCCCUGGAGGAAACUGUGGGCUUACGCCCCGGGUCUGUGUCUGAAGUGGAAGCCCGAAGUAUCCUCGACCUGGAGGAGGCCCUCCGCGCUCGCGUGCGCGGCCAGCGGGCCGCCGUACGCCUCGUGGCCGCGGCGGUGGCCCGGGCGCGGGUGCAACUCCAGGAGCUGCGCCGCCCUAUCGCCUCCCUGCUGCUGUAUGGGCCGCCAGGUGUCCCUGGGUUCGCGCAAUGCUAUGGUGAGGUCCUCAUCGACGAGGCAGACAAAGCGCCCCCCGAGUUCCUGGGGCUGCUUCUGGAAGUCAUGGAGGAAGCAUCUUUGACCCUGUCCGGGGCGGACGGCGUCGGCCGUGCUGAUUUCCGUCACACCGUGGUCAUCCUCACGUCCAAUGACCCGGCGGGGCCUUCGUCCUUGCCGCGGGCGCUGGCCGACCGCCUCGACGGCUACGCCUGCAUGCGGUACCUCUCCUAG